AUGUUAAACUCCCAACACAAUACGAUAAAAUUUACCGUAGAGAAGGAAGUAGAAGGGAGACUCCCCUUUCUCGAUCUGUUGAUCAGUAGAAAAGAAGACAGCACGUUGAAAUUCGGGAUCUACCGCAAGCCUACCUCCACCGACAGAUACAUCACUUCGGAUUCCAAUCACUUCGGUGCCCAGAAGCAAGCCGCUUUCCACUCUAUGGCACACCGGUUGUUCAACGUACCCAUGGCGAAGGAAGAGUUUGAAGAAGAGAAAGACCGUAUUUAUUCAGCAGCCGAAGUAAAUGGGUACGACAAGCCUUUUGUGGAUAAAAUCAUCCGAAAACAUAAGCGAAAAACACAGCGCAACAGUAUAACUACCCUACAGCCGGACACCAAAGAAGUAAAAAGAGUCAGCCUGCCAUUCUACCCGAAAAUAACGAACCCCAUAAAAACCACACUUCAUCGACAAGGGUUACACGUUGUUCACAAAAGCGAGAACACUCUGCGUGACCUGCUUUGCAACCUCAAAGACAAGGUUCCACCUGACGAGCAGUUUGGCAUAUACCAGAUUCCCUGCAAAGACUGUCCGGUGGUUUACAUUGGACAAACCCGCCGAAAAGUCAAAGUCCGCAUAAGGGAACAUAAGAACGCCGUGGUGUCUAAGAAGAGCAACGAAUCGAGCGUGGCGGCUCAUACGGUGGAAACCGACCACGAAAUAGAUUGGGGAAUUCAACCAACUUCAACCCGUUUUCUUUCGCGUCUCACCGACACCGAAACCGUGAUGCUGUUUCGCAAUCGAAACCCGCCAGCCCCCUGCCGUACGCAGCAGAACAAACGAGACGACCCGUGUCCCGCGCGUUCGGUCAACGACGACGACGACGGCUACGAGACCACGGUGAGAAAGAAGUGA